AUGUCUGAUAAAAAUUCAACCAACAAUAAGAUCAAUAAAAUGCUGUUUGCUUUAGCAUUGCUAAACGAUUCACAAGAAAGCGCGAUUGAUCCGUCCACUAUGAAAACGCAAGUUAAGAAGGCCCUGUGUCAAGCAGUCAGCAACGGCUUAGUGGCGUUAACUGACGUUAGCAAGAACAUGUACAGCGACGAAGAACAGGCUGCAUUAACGCCACACAUAUUGGCGGCAAGGAGAAGGAGGACCCAGCGCAGUACUAGAAGAAAAGGUAGAAAAAGCCGUGGUCGCAAGUCCCGAAGAGCUUCAAGACGAGGAGCAUCAAAAAGAAGAGCUUCCAGACGAGGAGCUUCGAAGCGACGGGCUUCAAGACGAGGAGCUUCGAAGCGACGGGCUUCAAAACGAGCAGUUCCAAAACGAAGGGCCAGAUCUGCAAAGAGGAGAGCUACGCGAAGACGAAUCUACAAGCGUUUAGGAUCUAUUCCUUCCAGGAAACCGCGUUACCAAUGA